GGUUUCAGAUCAAAAAGAGUGAAAGUGAAAGUAAACGCUGAGGGUAUUGUUUUUGCGACUUCCUCGUGUAGGCUAAUAAGCGUCGAAUAUCCCUGAGUUGGGAUCAUCUUUUCAUGUUUUGAUGACAUUGAAACCUGUUAAUAAUGUAGAAAUAGUUUUCGCAAGACAUAUUUGAAAUGACAUUGAGACGUUUGAUUGUGCUCUGGAUCGUGGCAUCAUCUGAAGCCUUUCUGCUACAGGGUCCCUCUGGUCCUCUGACGGCAAAGCUGGGAGGUUCUGUUCUGCUGCCCUGUUCUGUGGAGACCCCCUUACCUCUGGAGGAGCUGGAGGUGGAGUGGAGAAGAACAGACUCAGAUGUGCUGGUGCACCUGUUCCAGGAGGGAGAAGAGAGACCAGAGUCACAGGACUAUGCCUUCAGGGGAAGAGCCCGUUUUGUCACAGAGUUAGCAGCUGGAAAUUACUCUCUGCUCCUCACAAAUACAACCCUUGGAGAUGCAGGAGUUUACAUCUGUAAAGUGUUUACAAAUUUGAAAUCAGAUGAAGUCACAGCUGAAAUUAGAUACAUUGAGCGUCUCGUAGUGAGAGGGGCAGGUGCUGUCUCUGCCUAUGUGGGUGACGAGGUGAUUCUAGACUGCUCUGUGGACUCCCACAUCCCCCCUGAGAGACUGCAGAAGGUCGUCUGGAAGAGAACAGACCAGGAGAUCAUAGUGCUGCUUUACCAAGAUGGUGAGUCCCUACAAAACUCCACCCAUGAGAGAUAUCAAGGCAGAGCAGAAUUCUUCACCACAGAAAUCCCCAAAGGCAACUUCUCUUUGAAAUUGAAGGAUGUCAGUCCUAAAGACAGAGGAGAGUUCAUCUGUGAAGCCCACAGUGAUCAUCUAUCAGCCAACACUACUGUUGUUUUACAGGGACUGGAUGCUGUGCCAGUGCUCAUCAUGGCAUGUCUGUUGUGUGUCAUUGCUCUUGUAUUGGCACUUGGACUUGGGGUUCCUGCAUUCAUCCAGUUAAUGAAAAAUGUGGCACCCGGACGCUACCUAGCAUAUGUGGGACGGGAGGUGGUUCUGCCCUGGGAUCCAAAAGGUUUACAAGGAAGGUCAUUGGUCAGCGUAACCUGGAAGAGGCUGGAUCAAGAUGUUUUAAUGUACCAGAAUGGUGUUGUCUCACCAGACUCUCCACAUCACAGAUUUCAGUUUAUAGAUAUCCAAAAGUUCGAGUGUUCACUAAAACUGAUGGACGUUAAAACUGAGGAUGAGGGAAUGUACAUCUGUGAAAUAUGCACAAAUGUGGAUUCAAAAACCAACACUGUACCACUGCAAGUGUAUAAUGGAAGGACAAUGUUGAUGCAUUACUCACUGGUCUUCUGUCCAAACAUCAUUAUGUUCAUUGCAUUCAUGCUAUAUGGUGUGAAACGAGGUUUUGUUGAUGACAUUGUUACAUGUGCAACAGUCAAUUUUGUUCGAUUUCUUCUGGUGUUAAAGACUGCUCCCUAUCUGGACUUACUUCCUGCAUGUCCAAAAAGAUAUAUAAAGUCUGUUAGUGUCCUACUUCAAUACUUUAUUGUUGCUGGGGUACUAUUUUCAGGUGUUUUUGCUGACAUUUCAUUCGCUGGUGCUAGCACAUACUUUCUGUGGUUCAUUAUUGGGAUCAACUUGUUCUACAGUGCUAUGGGCGCUUUGUUUGGUUCUGGUAUUUAUGUUUUUGAAUAUUGGGGCUUUACAUAUGUGGACAUAAUCAACUGGAUCCUGUUAUGGCUGAUAGUUGUUGGAUAUUCAACCUUCAAUUUAAGCAUGUAUAUCGUCACAUUAGCCGUUACUCUUGGAGUGGAGGUGCUGUUUCAGAUGCAACAAUUAGAGCAAUAUGAGAAGUGGUAUGCAAUUUCGACCAUCCUGUUAGUUGUCCUUUUUCCAACAUAUGUUAUUACAUUAUUCUAUUACCUUUUCUGGAUUUUGGCCAGUAAACCAGGUGGUCCUGGAUUGAUGUGCGGGAAUGUAUUGCUCUACAGUCUUACUGCUGCUUCAGGCUUUAACCAUCCCCGGACGACAGCAGAUAUCCCCAUUCCUCACGUUUUUGUGUACAUAUUUGGAGCUGCUGCCCUUCCAGUAUUAAAUUCAGCUGCGCUGACAACAGACUUAAUCAUGAAAUUGGGGACAGGCUCACGAAUGUUCAGUGAUUUGCAGGUUAUUAUUCUGCCAUGUGAAUGUGUCUUUGUUUCUGGAUGGCUUGCCCUGCAGCCUUAUCACUACUGGAUAAAGAAAAGAGAAAAAAUAAAAGAACAGCUCAAAGGGAUGUCUGAGAAAAUCAGAUGUAAAGACUCUAAGACACAGGACCCCUAAGGGAUCACAUGUUUGGAGUCAAUUACCUGUCUAGGGUAAAAGGGAAAGAUUCCAUGAUAUUAAUAUAGCAUCAAAAUCCCUUGAGUGUAAAUAUUCUUUGUUAUAUUUUAUAUGUUUUGUUUUCCUGUUUUUGUUUUUCAAUUUUGAGAAAAAUGAAUUUUGUGUUUAUUAUGAAUAUUUUAUUAUUUUUACAACUGCAAAUAAAUUCUGUAUAUUUAUAUUAAUCCCAUACACACACAAAUGCAAUACAAUGCUUGCCAAACUAAAGUUAUAUCAAAGCGCUGUUCAUUUACAAAAUAAAAAGAAAUAAUACCCGCGAGAACAUUUCAGUAUUACUCUGACUGUGUGUGUGUGUGUGUGUGUGUGUGUGUGUGUGUGUUAGUUCUUACAGUAUAUGUGUAGGUGUUUCAGCUGAUACAUUUUGUCUUUUAUCAUCAAUGAAACAAAGCAACACAUUUUCUGAAAGCGUAUACCCCAUUAGAUGUGAUGUAAAAUGAGUUGCAUGACCCAUGUCCCACCAUCCUCCGUACUUUGUUGCACCAUGAUCUGUACAUUGUCCUGUACUGCAUAUAGGUGAGCCAAGGGUAUGGCUGACACAUUUGACCUGUGCCAUUAAGGAACAACAACCUCUAUAAUACUCUUUUGCCUAUUUUCAAAAUGGUUAAAUAUGAUUUCAGGCAUCUCCCACCCUCCUCCAUACUAGGUAAACCAUGUAUACAUCUUACAGUUUUUUCCAAUCGUUUACACACAAUUUUGAAAACGGGGCUCUUUUUGUCUAAACAUAUCACACAAUUAACCAAACACAACACCCAAUCAGCAGAACAUAACAGAUUGUUAGCAAAAUUAAAUAUUUCUGUCAAAACAAUAAACACAUUGAUAAAACCUUAUACUGUUCUCAUAUCAUUAACACAUUCUUUGAAUGAUUCCACACUGUCGCUAUCUUAUACACACCGACACAAUAAAUUCAAAACACAUCUGUAAAAACCCUCUUCCAAUAUAUGGAUCUUAUUCAGACAUAUUGUUUGAGAGCAUUAGGAUAAUUUAGAUGACAAAAAUAUUUUGAUGAACCCUCAUCAAGCAAUGCACAAAACUGAUGCUGCAGACAAUAUUUAUUUCUUUCACUGAACCAUAUGUUCAGUUACAGUGACAAGUCAAUCAACAGAAAAUGCCAAAAUUAUAGUUCUUGCUACUGUAAAGUGUAGAAAAAUUAAAAUCUGUACACAAACAAAAAGUACUGUACACUUACAGUCACUGAAGAAAAACUAAAGCAACAAUACAAACAAGUAACAACAAUACAUAAUACUCUAAUCAUCUCUCUGUCUAGCUGGAUCAGGCCAUAAGAGUUCACCACAUCACAGGCUAUGGGUGCCUCUCAUUUGGGCUUUUAUACGUCCUCCCUCGCUCCUCUGGCCUCGAUCCUCACUGAUCGACAUAGUGAAUGAUGGGGCGAAAACAAUGGGAUAGUCUAUCCAGUGUUAGUUAUAGAUCAGUGGGAACGCCCCUCGAGGAUCGAGCAUAACACACCUGAGUGCUGCGUUUUCAAUUUUGCACAUGUGUGCUUACACACCUGGUGGAUGUGGUUAUUCAAUUUGUUCAUUGGUGUGGUCAUUGGCAAGCCAGGGCUUUAUAAUGACAAGGAAGUACCUAACAAUCUUUAUCUGUGUCUAAGGUGUGAAAAUGUGUUUUACGUUUUGACAUUCACUGUUUGUAAUGUUUCGCAAAAAGUGUGAAGCUGAAUUUGUGCUUACUGUUGUACUACUCUGCGCAGGCGUUUUGCUUCUUAAGUGUUAAGUAUUGUUAACUGUCUGUUAAUCUUGAUUUUAGUGUGUAAACGAUUGGAAAAAACUGUAAAUAAAGCACAUAAU